AUGGUUACUGUCCAUGGAGAGUUAAUGCAUUACCAAGGUCCGCUAAACCCUAUAACGGGACGCCCUGAGGAUGCUGCCUUUAAUCAGCUGUUUUUCUACGACCCAGAUGAAGCAAGUAACAUGCGGCUACUACGCAAUCCAAAUCUUGAUUCUACUAUAUUACGAUGUUUACAUGUGGAGUUAAUGGAGUAUAACCCGCUAAUCCAACGGUACGCUACAGCCUGCGAGUGUCUACGGCAGCAAGAGCAGCUUCCUGUCAGGCUCAGGCUCGCUGACAACUCAGACCUGGUGCAGCACGGUGUCGCGGAGAAGGAAGAGAUGAAGCAGCUGUGGGACAAGUACAAGGAGGAGAAGAAGGAGUUGAAGAGAGCCUUAUUUGUAAAGAAGGGUGGCUGCAUAGUCAGACCAAUUCGAUCAAUGAUACCGUGCUGA